AUGUGUGUGGCGCGGAUUUCGAUGACGACGCGCAAAGAUAGUGUUCGUUGGUGUCGAAAUGCAGCUCACGCUCUGCCCUCCACUCACUCUCUUCCCCACCCUUCACUCUCUUCUCUCAUGUACACUCCCUUUCCCCCUGUUCUCACUCCUCUCUUUCCCCCUCGCCUCACUCUCUACCCCCCUGCUCAAUCCCUUCCCCCCUCGAUCUCUUUCCCCUACUCACGACCUACCCCCCUGCUCAAUCCCUUCCCCCCUCGAUCUCUUUCCCCUACUCACGAUCUACCCCCCUGCUCAAUCCCUCCCCCCCUCAAUCUCUUUUCGCUGCUCACUCUCUCACUCUCUUCCCCCCUGCUCACUCCCUCCCCCCCCGCUCACUCUCUCCCCCCUGCUCACUCUCUCCCCCCCUGCUCACUCUCUCCCCCCCUGCUUACUCUCUCCCCCCCUGCUUACUCUCUCCCCCCCUGCUCACUCUCUCCCCCCCUGCUCACUCUCUCCCCCCCUGCUCACUCUCUCCCCUCUGCUCACUCUGCGCCCCUGCUCACUCCCUCCCCCCCCGCUCACUCUCUCCCCCCCUGCUCACUCUUUCCCCCCCUGCUCACUCUCUCCCCCCCUGCUCACUCUUUCCCCCCCUGCUCACUCUUUCCCCCUCUGCUCACUCUCUCCCCCUGGACUCACCCGCCUUUCCUCCCUGUUUACUCUCGAUUCCCCUUCGUUUAA